AUGAUACUGAUGUUAAAAGAAUAUUGGCAGAGAAACAGCCCUGGUGUUCCAGCAGGAGCAGAAAGGAACAGGAAAACAAAUGGCAGUGGCCCUGAGACAGCCACCUCUGGUGGCGGCCACUCACCUGGGGAUUCAGCACCAGGUGUCCAUGGGGAGGGCCCUACAUCAUCUGCUACCCUGAAGGAUCUGGAGAGCCCAUGCCAAGAACCAGCAGUAGUCCCAGACUCCAGGUCUGUAAAAAUCAGUCAACUGAAGAACACCAUCAAAUCUUUGACAUCCCUGCUCGAGUCCUUGCUACACACGCCCUGGGGUUGUUGCCUCUCGGGGAAGUGCUAG